CCUGCUUGAACCGAAAACGAAUAACAUUUUUGGCGUGAUGGUUCUCCCCACAGCCCGUAGCAGUAUUGACACGAGCCUGCACAGCAGUAGAUAAAUCAUACGCCCCAACAAGCGUGCCUUCUGUGCAUGUACUUCCUCUGCCCCGCGUGCCUCCGUUGUCAUCGACCAUUUGAUCACGACGACAUCUGCCCAUCGUACACUACGGUGUGAAGGUGGUUCCAGAACCACUUCAACGGGCCAACAACACCGAACUGGAGCCGAGCGAGAUCAACAACAACAGCCGUGACCAAAGAGAGCGGGGGGAGGAGGGUGGAAGCUGUGCAGCGGAGAAAGGGAGGGGGGGAGAGGGGGGCGGGUUGCGGGAGGGCUCGAUGAUGAUGGAUAGAAGUGGCCGCACGGGCUGGAAGGACCCUAACGCGCGGAAACCGAGCCAGCAGAGUCACCGCAUCACCUCACGCAGGGCGCUCAUGCACAACGCGGGCCCAAAAUGGGCGGCGAAAUCGAUGACGAGUCGGGUCAAGAGGGCAGGCCUCGUCUACACGACAUCAAGAGUGUGCAUGCUGCUCCUGUCUCUGGCGACGCUGUCUUCCUGCCUGUUCUAUAUCUUGGCGACUUACGUCCACGACCGGCCCUGGGUCGGCCACAUCGAGACCAGCUUCGGGAUCCUGUUCCUCGUGGACUACUCUCUCACCGCCGCGGCAGCGCCUGUGCCUUUGGCGUACGCUCUGGGCAAGGGUGGGCUCAUCGACCUCGUCAGCUGUCUCCCAGCCUUCGGGUCCUUCCAGCCAUGGAUGGCUUCGCUAUCCUUCGUCAGGUACCUCCGAGUUGGAAAAGCCAUACGCGUCAUGCGCAACCACAAGCUGCUGGCGAGCAUAUUCCCAAAUGAUGACGUCACCAUCAAGGCGACCUUGCUGAUCGUAAAGGUCAUUGGGGUGGUGAUGAUGACAUCAGCGAUUCUGUACGGCGUGGAGCGGGGGCCCACGGAUGCCGAGGGGACGGGGGCUUUCAACGAGCCGGGGUGGCAGUGGCACGACGCCUUCUACUUCACAAUCGUCACGCUGUCCACUGUCGGAUACGGUGAUGUCCUGCCCAUCAGCGUCGUGAGCCGUCUGCUGAUGGUGUGCGUCAUCAUCUUCGCGCUUACGUACAUCCCGCUGGAGGUGGGCGAGCUGGUGGACGCUGUCAACGCGAGGCCCAAGUUUCGCGCCGGUUUCCCGCACUCCCUCGUCGGCAAGCAUCUGCACGUCGUGCUGGCCAUGUCGGGCGAGGACAGCGCGGACAGCGAGUUCGACCCCGACAUGCUGGAGAGAUGCGUGGCUGAGUUCUUCGACGAUGACCAGAAGUCUAUCAACGUGUCGGUGUGGGUUAUCAUCAUGGCGCCCGCAUCCCCGAGCGAGGAGAUCACUGCCCUGUGCCGCCAGCCCAAGUACCGGUCCAGAGUUAUCUACUUCCGGGGCAGCGUGACCAACCCCAGGGAUAUGGCCGCUGUCUGUGCCGAGUACGCCGACUGCAUCUUCCUGUUCCCCAGCUCGGUCGUUGACGGUGACGCUCGCGCCGCCGAGGAGACCACCCACCUCGCCGCCAAGGCCGUGCGGCGAUACAUCGACCGCACGCCCAUAGACGAGGCUCUGAUGGAGGGGGUCAAGGUCCUGAGCCAGACCGGCAACCCUCGCCGAACGGUCAUCACCGUCGACGGCCUGAACAGCAAGGAUCCGCUUGUGGGCUUGGGCAUCGACCACGUGAUUUGUCUGGGCGAGCUGAAAAUGUCCAUGUUGGCUUCUGCGACUCUCUGUCCUGCGUUUUUGCCCUUCGUGGCGAACUGCGUGAGGAGUUGCGAGGGAAUCCCGCGAAGGUGCAGAGCCCCCGACGGCGAAGGGGGGCCCGGCGGAGGGGAUUGGCUCGACGACUACUCGGUGGGGACCCAGUUCGAGGUCUAUUCCGUCCCGAUGGAGGUUAUCUCGGAGGACUCGAGGCUGUGGAGCAUGAGCUUUAGCAGAGCGGCCCGCACGAUGUACGACGAGUCGGAGGGCAAGGUUCUCCUCCUCGCCGUCGCGGAGAACUGCGAGCCCUCCGCCUUCGGCACCUUCACCCACCACCAGCGGCUGAGGCGCACCAUAAGCUCCAGGGCCGGCAGCACCCAUUCCUUGCACGGCCUCGGCAGCGGCUUCUUGGAGGCAGCCGCCGCCGCCGCAGCGGCGGCCGCCGCCACCGCCGGCGAGAUGGCGCGGAGGCCGAAGGCGGGCAAGAAGAGGAAAAAGAAUGUGGAGGAGGAGAAGGAGUACGCCACGGUGGAGGUGUUCCCGGACGAGAGCUUCAGGUUCACCAUCGACUGCCACCUGCUGGUCCUCGCUGAGACGCAGAUCCUCGCGGAGGACCUGGUGUUCAACUUCCAGCGAAUGCGAAGUCCUUCCCUUCACCGCGUGCACGCGCCCGCGUAUUUCUUGCUCUGGCCGCAAAUCACAACCACACCAACAUCUGACAAGGCCAACGAAGAGGAAGAAGUGCGCCGUUCGAGAUCCGCCGCCGUCUCGAUGGCGAGCGUCAGGGCCAUGUCCGCGUACAUGUCGGCGGCCGGCGGCGCCGCCCCGAUGGCGUCAAACGUGGCUCCCGGAGGAGCUCGUGGCACCGCCGCCGCGGGCAAACCGUCAGCCACUGCCAACGGUCCUGGCAACACCGCGCCUCCGGCCGGCGGCUCUGCCUCCUUUACUUUCUCCAGCCGCCCCCCCAAUGUAGUGGUGGCGAGCCACGGCGAUAUGCCUGGGGAAACCGGCGGGGGGGGGGGGGUCGAGCUCUCCUCUACCGGUACUGGCGGCCUGGAACGUGACGAUGAUGAGCCGCAGCAAUUGCAGCACCGCAAGGGUUUCCCCUCCAGGGAAAUCCUGUCGGCGAAGUCUCUCGCCAGCUUUCAGAGCAGUCCCGCGUCGAGCGUGGCGGCGUCGACGGCAUCCAGGAGAAGCGCCGUCUUUUCGACAAACAGCAUCCUGAGUAUUGACGAGGAGAUCAAGAAAGAGCUCGCGUCCUUGAAGAAACAAGUCUUUCGCCAUGACAAGGUCGACUGGACGCACUCUCUUAAUGCCCUCAAGAAGGCAAGGACCCAGCUGGACGACCUGAAUCUUGAUCAGGAUUCGACCGAGACCCCGCCCGACUUCUUCGCCAAGGUGUCCAUGUCGUUUUUGGCUCACUGGCCCCCUCCCCCCCCCAAGGUGGCCGCGGUCUCCGGCAAUAUCUCGGACGCCCUCCGGCUCCACUCGACCUCCUUGCCGCCGGACCUGACCGGCCACAUCGUCCUCGUCGGGGGUAGCGCUGACCUCCAGUACUACAUCUUGGCUCUUAGGCGCCAGCGACCUCUCAAGCCGAUCGUUGUGAUCACCGAGGACACGGAGUCCUUCUUCCAGCUGCGGAACCGCCUGGUGGAGUGCAAGUUCCUCGAGAUGAGCCUCGACAUCAGUCAGGUCUACCACAUCUUCGGCAGGACGCAGGACAGGUUCACCCUCGAGGAGGCCAAUGUUACCCAGGCGGAGUCGGUGAUGCUCAUGUCCGAUGGUCCCACUGAUACGGCGGUGUUACUGGGGUCGUUCGAGUUGGAGCAGGUGUUGGAAACCAUCGCGCCGGGAGAACCCAGACCGAAGGUAUUGAUCGACUUAGCCAAGGACGAUAGCAUCUACUACUGUGGCACCGUCCUGGGGGGACCGGACGGAAACGACGAGGACCAUUCUCUCGCUUUCGCGAGCACCCGUACUCCCGACAAGUGGGACAACGGCAGCGGUAGCGAGGACGUGCGGUACUGGCCUUUGUUCGCCGCCGGCGGAGUCUGGACCACCUCGAUCAUGGAUGUGUUCGCGGUGCGGACGUACUUCAACGCGCACGUGCUCUCGUUUUUCGAGACCCUGCUCCAGAUACACGCUCGCAACCCGCCCGCUUCGGACAACGACGACCACCACGACCACCACCACCGCGGCCAGUCGUCAUCCGUACUUCGCAUGGACGAUGCCGACGGUAGGAAUGGCCGUGGUUCCGGCGGACGCGGCGGCGCAGCCGCCGCUACGGGUGGGGCCGUGAGCUUGGGUGAAAAACGCAAAAACAAAGGUGACGACGAGAAAAAGGCACGCCCCAGCCACGGCGGCAGCCACCACUGGGAUGAUGAUUCCACCGAAAACCAGGGCAGGUGCCAGUUCGCCCACCUGCGCGUCUCGGCGUCCUUCGCGGGGAAGACCUACGGGGACCUCGCGCGGCACCUGAUCGCUCUCGGGGCCAUGCCCCUGGGGCUGUACCGCCCGAGCGGGCACAAGGGGAGCACCCUCGCGUACACACACAUCAACCCCCGGCCCGAUGAGCCCCUCAAGCCUUGGCCAGCGGCGGCCGCGGCGAAACAGGCCAGCAGUGGUGUCGGGUAUAACAAAGAAGGGAGCGGCGGUGGAGGGCACACUGUCGUGUUUGAGGACGGCCAUCUCGCCGGUAAGUGCGAGGAGAAGCAGGGCGACAAGGUGGAGAAGUUGGCGGGCCAGUGGCCGACUGAUGCGGGGGGAGUGAGGCCGGGGGACGAUGUGUUCGUUCUGCGGUCGACAUCAUGCCCGUUGUCGGGACAGGUGUCCCUCUGAUUUUUGUAGCGUAACUUUGAUUGUUUGAUGUCACUUGUUGUACUGUGUUUGUGCUCGUUUUUUUUCACCCUCCAGGGGGGGGCUGUUCCGGGGGUGGGUGCUGUUUGGUUUGAUCUCCCACCUUUUCUUCGCAUGUGUGGGGACUUCCGUGUGAUUUGUGUAGAUUCAUUUUUUCUCGUUUGCGUGUUCGGGCGCACUAAGACUCUGGUCGGUGGAGAGGCUUGCCUUGUGAUCGGUGAACGGGUGCUUGCUGCACAUGUGUCUUUCUGUGUCAUUUUGACGGGUCCAGGUCUAGUGUAGUGACAAACAUUGUUUUCUUUUGGCGAUAUCCCAUGUCACU